AUAAGCGAAAAUUCCACACAGCAGGUAACGUGUCUAGCUGUUUUCAUCGGCGCAGUGGUGGCCCAGCACGGGCAUGAGCACGCGCACUCCUCGCAGCACAUCUCCAAGCACGACGGACACGCGGAGGAAGUCAUCAUCAAGGACCACCACGGACACGAGAAGCACGUCGACUACUACACGCAUCCCAAGUACGAGUUCAAGUACGAGGUGGAGGACAAGCACACGGGCGACCACAAGACGCAGCACGAGCACCGCGACGGCGACGUCGUCAAGGGCUUCUACAGCCUGCACGAGCCCGACGGCUCCGUCAGGGACGUGCACUACCAUAGUGACAAAAAGACUGGUUUUCAUGCAACGGUCAAGCACAGUACCCACCAUAUCGUGCCGGAACACCAUCAUCACCACUAAUCGUCGGUUC